UCAGCCUUGGGGCUCUUUGGUAUUUGCUGAAACAAUAAAGCACCUGUGGUCUCCUCUCAGAGGAAGAAAAAGAGGAGUGCAAAAAAAAAAAGUUCAAUUUAAACCUGUGCUGCUGCCCUGAAGUCACUUAGAGCAUCACACAUCUCUCCCCCAGGUAGAAAAACUCCCAAAGCAUGGGCGCAAUGCAGUUAAAGAUGCUAAAACUUUUGCUUUUACUCACCUCAACACAGAUAUGCACAGCAAAGAAUGACAUCACGCUGUCUGUGUUUACGGUGACAUCAAAGAGCAUGACUGUGCAGUGGAGCGGCCACACUGGUGCCAGCUCCUACAAGAUCACAGCGACUCCCAAGAACUCUCCAGAGCAGCCGGUGUUCGCUCAGUUUGGUGGCAACACGGUGAUGGGCUCAGUUAACUCCCUGUCACCAAACACGCUGUACACCAUGCAGUUGGAAGCCAUGGACAAUGCCCUCAAUGUCCUCAGCAGCGCAGAGACCGAGGAGACAACAGCUCCUGAUGUUCCCAGCAUUGAGCAGGCCUACUCAAAAAACAGCGACAGCAUCACUGUUGAGUUCACGGAAGUUUCGGGGGCGACCGGCUACAUCCUGAGAACGGAGUCGAAGAUGGGGGAUUUCUUCUUUGAGACCAUUGUGAACAGCUCCCCUGGCACUGUGGAGCAGCUUAAGCCCUACACCGACUACAUUCUGAGUGUCAUGUCUGUCAACACGGGGGGAAGAAGCCAACCUUCAUACCCCACUGAGGCCAGGACAGUUGUGAUGGCGCCACAGGUGAACACAUCGUCCACCAGCAAUGACACCAUCCUGGUAACGUGGGCCCCGGUGGAACACGCCGUCCUCUACACGCUGUGCAUCAUCCGAGAGGGCUCCAGCACCCGCCUCAAACUCAACACCACCGACACAGAGGUGACUUUCGACAAUCUUGAACCAGGGACCACCUACUGCAUCAAGAGCACCGCCUGGGAUUCCGAGGGUCGCACCGGGGAUGACCUCACCGUUUGCCAGAUCACGCGUCCUCUAAGCCCAGAUGUGACACAUGUCCAAGUGACUCAAGGCCGCUCGCUUGGGAUCGCUGUGUACUGGGUGUCAGUGCAGGGAGCGAGGACCUACAUGGCCUGGACUUCAAGCGGCCAGAACUGCUCCACUGAGAAUAAUUAUUGUUACAUCUUGCCUGCGGAGUGUGGCCAGAACCACUCUGUGUCCGUCAUAGCAUACAACGAGGCCGGACCUAGCGGCCCCUCACAACCUGCUGACUACAUCACAUAUCCCUGCCCCCCGGAGAACAUCUGGGUGGAGGAGCCCACGGCUGGGAACUGCUCGGUGGUGUGGGAGGAAGUGCCGCUGGUGGAGCACUAUGUGGCUUUCAUAAAGAGGGACGACGGAACGGAGAAGUCCUGCAACACCACUGAAACCACCUGCAGUUUCUUUUGCAUGUGUGGCUACACCUACCUCACCAGCGUGUUCCCCUACAACCAGGCCGGCACCAGCCUCUACGCACACGUCCACAACUACACCACCAUUCCUUGCUGUCCACAGAAUGUCACUGUGAAGCUGGUUUCCACGGAGACCUUGGAGAUCAUGUGGUCGCCGGUAAAGGGGGCUGAGCUGUACGAGACCACCGCGGCGCAGACCAACGACGCCAUCCACUGCAAUGACACGUCGCCGGUGUGCGCGCUCUCGGACCUGAGGUGCAACACGGCCUACUCUGUGACCGUCAGGCCUUGCAGCGAGUUGAAAGGAUGCAACCAGACGUGCCCCGCGCACACACACGAGACAGCUCCCUGCGCUCCAGAGAUCCUGAACAUGACCCAGACGAGUAACUCGACUUACAGAGUCAUCAUCACCACGCCUAAUUCCCCCGACACAAACUACACGAUCACGGCCACCGGUCGCAACGACAGACACGCGUGCCGGUCAAAGAACAGCUCCUGUGACCUCACCAGGCUGUCCUGCGGCUCCACCUACGAGGUCGCGGCAGUGGCCUCGACUCGAGUGGGAAGAGGUCUACCAGGAUUCAGCAAAACCUUGGAAACGGGUCCCUGCUGCCCCGCGACGGUCAAUGUGACCCAGGUCACCCAGGCUAUGACCAACGUGACGUGGUCGCCCGGCAGUGGGGCUCGCUCCUUCAUCGCCACCCUCACAUCUCCACGGGGACACGCCAAGUGUCACACUCUGGACGCCCACUGCCUGAUGGGGUGCAUCACCUGUGGCACGAACUACAGCGUCCAGCUGGAGGCCAUCAGCAGCACGGGGCACAAGUCGGAGUGCAAAUAUCACGGAUUCUCAUCCAGCGCCUGCUGUCCAACGGGGGUCAAGCUCUAUCGCCGGACCAAUAACUCCCUCAGGGUGUACUGGCGUUCUCCGGGCCCUCAGGCCCACAGCCACACCGUGGAGCUGUACGGAACGGGAGCCAACUACACCUGCAUCGCGGCUGCGGGCAGCAUGUACUGUGACAUCCAAGAGGACACGUGUGGGGAUGUGUACACGGUGGUGGCCGCGCCGGUGGGACAGCGCGGGGUCAAAGUUACCUUCUGCCAGCCCAGGACAUACUCAGUUCCCUGUCCUGGAAGUAAUGCCGGCAUGGGAUGCACCAUACUGUCUGCGACAUCUCCCUCUGCAUCCACGCUGAAUAUACAAUGGAGCGACUACCCUGGAGCCUCGGUUUAUGUUUUAGAUUUGAGGGUUGUGAACUCAACAAGCAUCGCCCCGCUGAUGCUGAUGCAGUCAGCUCCCAGCACCCAGAGGCUGGUGCAGGGGUUAAGACCCGGACAUGUUUACCAAGUCACACUGAAAGCCUUUGAAAUUUUGUAUACUCCUUUGUGCACAGUUACUGAAAUAGCCACGACAGUUCCUGCAAAAUCGGAAAUCACGUUUUUGAGACCUAUCUCAAGUACAUCUAUAAAGUUUGAGUGGUCCAGUGUGUUUGGGGCGGACAGCUACAUCUUGUUUGUGGAGGAGCUUUUUACUUUCCCUGCAAAGAUUUACAACCAGACCUUUGCAAACCUGAGCGGACAAGUGGAUGACCUGAGGCCCUCUACUACUUACAUCUGUUACGUUUACUCCUCCAACAGUGCAGGGAGAGGAGCCAAAGGCAACAUCAGGACAGUUGUGACUUUAACUGUGAGUGACAACGACAACCCCGAAAACAGGCCGGUCACAAGCAACACCACAGCCACAUACAUGGAUAUUGGUCACUUGGAGCCGUGCUCCUCUUACACAGUGGGAGUAUCAUCUGUCAACGUCUUCUUGGUCCCUGGAGAGGCCUCUAAUAUUACACACACUACCUCUCCUAUUAAUGCUGUAACAUCUAUAUCUGUGGACUAUAGCUGCUCCAGUGGCAUGGUGACAGUAACAUGGGACUCGGUGUUCGGGGCCAAUCUCUACAGGGCCACGGCUAUCGACGGCACCGGGGCCUCCCUCAACUGUACAUCGGCCUCCACCAGCUGCCAGAUCACCAUGCUGACCUGCGGUGAGAGGUACCAGGUCUACGUCACAGUCGUGUCCGAUGACUGCGAGAGCACCUCCAACACCUCGGCCUCGUUUGAGACAGUCCCCUGUGCUCCGGCUUAUCCAAAGACCGAAUAUGACUGCUCCUCCAACGUGAUUGUCUUUAACUGGCAACACACCAACAACACCAACUACUACGUUGCCACGGCUGUGGACAAAACGGGCUCCGUAACCGAGUGCAGGACGACGGACUCCUCGUGCUUCUUCACUAAUACUGGCUGUGGUCAGCACUACACGUACAGGGUGUACGCAGUGAGCUCUGAAUGCAACAGCAGAGUCAGUGAGCCCGAGUUUGUCCGAACCUCUCCUUGCCAACCAACAAACGUAAAGACAGCGGCGGAGUGUCAGUCUGACAUGCUCAUCACAACGUGGGACUCCUCAGAGGGAGCCCUGUCAUACACAGUAGAAGCACAAGGGAACAACGGGGAAACCUACAACUGCUCCUCGGCCACCAACAGCUGUGCGAUUCCCAGUUUGCCUUGCGGUGAACACCUCAGCGUGUGGAUCAUCGCCUCCAAUGACAACUGCUCCACAGGCAGGGUGUUGGGAGAUGCUGCCCAGACCGUUCCUUGUACGCCCUCUAACGUCUCAGUGUCAGAGGAAUGCAGACAAAAUUCUGCAGAGAUCACGUGGUUGAGGAGCCACGGAGCUAUAUUCUUCGUAGCUGUUGCUGAAGAUGCAAAUGGAAACUCAUACAGCUGCCAAACUCUGGGCACCAGCUGUUUGAUUGAAGGCCUGAAAUGCGGCCAGAACUACACAGCCAGAGUUCUUGGCUCUAAUUUUCAGUGCAACAGCACCGAAAGUCAGCCGGUUACAUUUGUGACGGCUCCUUGUCCUCCAACCAACAUCGAGGCGUUCAGAGACUGUGAUGCCAAUCAUGCUCUGAUAGUGUGGCAGAACCAUCAGACAUCGGGCACGUACACGUACACCGCAACACUGGAGGAUCAGGAUGGGGUACGGCUCACCUGUACCAGCAACACAGUCAACAACUGCAAAAUCAGCCCGCUGCCCUGUGGACGGAACUUCAACGUCACAGUCGCCCGCAGUGACGGAAAGUGUCAGUCCAUCUCGACACCUACUAGCAUGGACUCAGUUCCCUGUGGUCCUGAGGAUGUGAGAGCCAGUAUGAGCUGCGGGACUGACAAGCUGCUGGUCACCUGGAAUGUCUCCAUCCCUGCGGAGAACUACACAACCAUCAUCUCCAGAGGGAUGGGCAACCCGACCUACUGCAACUCCACAGAGACCCGGUGCACUGCGGGAGGACUGGCCUGUGGGAGCACCUACACGGUGACCGUGCUGUCGGUGACCGGGACGUGUUUCAGCAUGCCGAGUGCAGAUGUGUCCUGGGCCGCCGCCAGCAACGCCAAACACUACAGCGCUGUAGCCCUGAGUCCCCGAGGUCACAGGUCGGAGUGCGCCACCAAUGAGACGCUGUGCAGCCUGGCUGAGCUGCUGUGCGGGGAGGUUUACAACAUCAGUGUCUCUGCAGCUGAUGACAACUGCACGGGUCAAAUGAGCAGCCCCCUCUCCCUGAAAACUGAGCCGUGCGCCCCGUCUAAUGUGAGCAGUCGGGUGAUGUGCAGCGCUGGACAGGCCCAGGUGUCCUGGGCCCCCAGUGCCAAUGCGGUGGGCUACGUUUUGGAAGCCAUCGGCGACCGUCAGAACCUCACCUGCAGCAGCUCCACCUCCAACUGCACGCUGAGCGGCCUUGUCUGUGGCCAGGCCUACGACCUUAUGGUGUCUGCCACUGACGGCACUUGUGUCAGCGACUACAGCCUUCCAUUCAGGCAGGACCAAGUCCCUUGUGCUCCACAGAACGUCUCUACGCAGCUUCAGUGUGGCUCCAGUGAUGUGACGGUCAGCUGGAUCUCUUCUGCUCUGCCUCUCAACUACAGCGUCACGGCUGUGCUGGCAGGUGGAAACAUGAGCUCGGUCACCUGCCACACCAGCCACGCCAGCUGUGUUUUCAGUGGCCUUCAGUGUGGCCAGGUGUACAACGUCUCUGUUGCGGCUUCCUCUGGCAGCUGCAGCGGACCACACAGCCUUUCACAGACCGUUCACACAGGUAGUCCAUGCAGCCCGGCGAAUCUGACCAGCGUCCUCCAGUGCGGCUCGGACGCGGCCACCUUGUCCUGGACGGCUGCCGCCGGGGCUAUGGCCUACACUGUGCUCGCCCGGGAGAACGGCUCUGCCCGCUACGCCUCCUGUCGAAGCAACACCACUUCCUGCCAGCUGGACCGACUGCAGUGCGGGAAGAUUUACAACCUGACUGUGACGGCUGAGGAUCACAGCUGUAACGGCAGCGGAGCAGCCGGCGGCGUCCUGAUGACAGCACCAUGUGCUCCCUCGGUUCAGAGCAGCACUCUGGUCUGCGGGGACAGCUCCUCUCUUCUGUCCUGGACCCCAGUUAUGGACGCCACAGGUUACGUAGUUAACGCGACGGCCUCCGGCGGGCACGCCGUUUCGUGCAGCUCGGUCACGGCCUCGUGCAGCCUGAGAGAUCUCCAGUGUGGUCAGACCUACGUGGCCACAGUCACUGCUCAAGGGAGCGAGUGUGACAGCGCACCCGGACCCAGCACCAACAUAACCACCGCUCCCUGUCCUCCAGCGGUCAUAACCAAACAGUACACCUGCAGUGCCAGUACAGCACUGGUCAGUUGGUCUGACCCCGCGGGUGGCCUCAGCUUCACGGCUACGUUAGCUGGAUCUCGCUACGAACACAGCUGCCACACUACAAACACCACGUGUUCGUUUCAAAAUCUUCCCUGCGGGGUGGAUUUAAACGUGACGGUUCAAGCCCACGGGGCGGAGUGCAACAGCAGCCUCAGUCCCAGCGAAUCCUUUCAAACAGUCCCAUGUGCCCCAAAAAAUGUGAGCACCGCCAUGCUGUGCUCCAACCACUCGGCCCUGGUGACGUGGACGGGAAGCCACGGCGCCACUGGGUACAACGUCACGGUGACCGGCCAGGAUGGGCACGCGCACCACUGUCACACCAGCUCCACCAGCUGCCAAAUCCCUGACGUCCACUGCGGGGAAACGUACAGCGUCACAGCCACACCGUACUCUCAGACGUGUGCCGGAUCCCCGAGCACGACUCACAGCUUCACAGCAGGUCUGUGCGCCCCCGUUAACGUGACUGCGUCUCCAUCCUGUGAGCACAGCGCCGUCUCUUGGUCCCAUGUGACGGGGGCUGAAAUGUACAUAGCAACAGCAACUGCAGACGAUGGACACAACCAUACUUGCAGCUCAAAUGAUUCAAACUCGUGCAAUUUCACUGACCUCCACUGUGGGGAGGCCUACGCUGUGGCAGUUGUGACAGUGUUUGAAGGCUGCUGGAGCGAGACGAGCUCAGCAGUGCAACUGAGAGCAGCUCUAUGUCCCCCUGAGAACUUGACUGGCCACGUCAGCUGUGACACUAACAUGCUGACCCUCACGUGGAGUCCAGUGACGGGAGCUGAUUACCUUUUGCAGUGGGAAAGGAUAGGUGACACGGAGCCUGCUUCACAGUCCAAAACCUCCAACACUUCACACACUUUGUCCGACCUGCUGUGCGGAGAAAGAUAUGCUUUCCGCAUUGCAGCUCAGGAAGGCAACUGCAGCAGCAGCUACAGCUCGCCCAUAGAAAUGAGCACAGCUCCUUGUCCGCCCACAAACUUAACUGCUCGUGUGGACUGUGGGACCAACAAUGGAAAUUUCUCCUGGGCUGAAAGCAGCGGAGCAGGUUUUUACACCGUUGAGGUGACCGGGGAGCACGGCCACGUGGCGUCCUGCUCCUCUAAUGACACUUCCUGCGCAGUGAAACUUCACUGUGGCCGCUCAUACUCCGCAACGCUGGUGGCUUCCACCGACAGCUGCAACAGCAGCAGGCACACUGACAUUGUGUUUGACUCCGCGCCCUGCUUACCAGAUGAUGUAAUGGCUGAGCUACAGUGUAGCACCAACGUAAUGACCGUGAACUGGACACAGACCUCAGGCUCAGAUGAGUAUACCGCCUGGGCCAUCAGCACAGACGGACACAGAGCCUCCUGCAACUCAACAUCCAACCACUGCUCCAUCCGUGACCUGAGCUGUGGGAAGGUGUACGAGGUGGUGGUCACCUCCUCCUCCGUUCACUGCGAAAUCAUCGCUGGCUCUGACUACAAAGUUCAGUCCGCUCCUUGUCCACCUGAAAACACGACCGUGGAGCAGAACUGCAGCUCCAACAUGAUGACCGUGAAGUGGCACCAUGUCAGCGCAGCUCAGAACUACACUGUCAAAGCCACCUCCGCUGCAGGUGUCAACGCUACCUGUGACUCGGACUCAGACGCCAGCUGCUCCUUCCUGGACUUGAGCUGUGGCCAGCUCUACACUUUCACUGUGACGGGACACACUAACGUGUGUGUGAGCGACAUGAGCACUCCCGUAGAGACACUCACCGCACCAUGUCCUCCAUCCAGUGUGUCGGCUGAACUGAACUGUUCCACACACAGCGCUCUGGUGAGCUGGAGCCACGCCGCAGCGGCAGCUGCAAACACGGCCUACAGCGUCCAGGCAACCUCCUCCAGUGGACACAACUCGUCCUGCAGUGACCUGGGCACGUCCUGUUACCUGAACGACCUGGUUUGUGGACAAGAGUACUCGGUAUUUGUGGAGGCGAUCCACGCCGGCUGUCCAGGUCCUGUCAGUGCUCCGACCACUCUCAACACAGAACCCUGUGUUCCCGUAAACGUGUCUGUUCACUACAACAUGAGCACAGCUUGGGUGCUGUGGGGUGCAGCAGAGGGGGCCGGCUCAUAUUUUGCUCGGGCUGUGACGGGCCAGGGCCUGAUGGCUACCUGCAACACCAGUGACAUCGGCUGCUUCCUGAAUGGCCUUCAGUGUGGUCAGGCUUACAACGUCACCGUGAUGGCCAAAAACCUGGCCUGUGACAGCGAGAUCUCUGAAACCUCCAACCUCCUAACAGGUCUGUUCACAGAACCCUGCCCACCGACAAACGUUCAAGUGAGCACGGCGUGUGAGCAGCUUACUGCGACUGUAUCGUGGCAGCAGAGCCAACUCGCUGUGGGUUACAUCGCAUAUUUGGACAACCAAAGCGGCCACUCCACCUCCUGUCUCGGGGCAGACACAGAUACGAGUUGCGCGGUCUCAGAACUGGAAUGUGGCACGGUGUACAGUGUGUGGGUUAAGGCCCUCGGGCAGCAGUACAACAGCACAAACAGCUCCAUCCUCUCUCUGACUGCAGGACCUUGUAAACCCGAAAGCAUUGAGGCCCGAGUGGACUGCAAUACCCACUUGGCCGCUGUAUCCUGGCAACCAAGUGUCGGAGCUGUGUCCUACCUGACCGUGCUCACGACUCCAUCAGGCCACACCGCCGUUUGUACUUCCAACCACAGCCACUGCUGGCCGGGCUCCCUGCAGUGCGGAGAGGAGUACAACGUGACUGUGACCGCCGUUGGGGAGACGUGUAACAGCACGGCCCGUAUGGCAGGAUACCUAACAGCAGAGACCUGCGGUCCUGUGAAUGUGUCCGUCCACUACAACAUGAGCACAGCACAGGUGAGGUGGGAAGCAGCAAAAGGUGGCAGCUCGUACUCUGUCGUGGCUGAAUCCGACCAGGGCCUGAGGGUUACCUGCAACUCCACCGGCACCGACUGCUCCCUGACCGGCCUGCCGUGCGGUCAGAUCUACAACAUCACCGUGUCGGCCGGAAACCCGGCCUGCAACGACACCGUGACCUCUGCCCCCCUCCAGUUCCUGACAGAACCCUGCCCGCCGACAAACAUCCAAGUGAGCGCGACUUGUGGUCAGCUGACUUCCGCUGUGUCCUGGCAGCGGAGCCAACUCGCUGUGGGUUACGUCGCCUAUUUUGACAGCCAGAGCGGCCACUCCGCCUCCUGUCUCGGGGCAGACGCAGACACGAGUUGCGUGGUGUCAGAUCUGCGGUGUGGCGCGGUGUACAGCGUGUGGGUCAAGGCCCUCGGGCGGGAGCACAACAGCUCCAGCAGCUCCGUGGUCCCCCUGACCGCCGCUCCCUGCCUCCCUGGAGAGGUGCAGGUACACGUCGGCUGUGAGGCGGACGGCGCCGCUUUGGUGUCCUGGAAUCCAACCAAUGGCACCGGAAAUGUUUCGGUGAUGGCCAGUGGAAGCGGCGGAAGUCUUCAGAUUCUGUGCACAACUCUUCACAGCAGCUGUAACGUAACGGGCCUGAGCUGUGGGGAGACGUACAACCUCAGCUUCGCCGCCAGCAACGAGCAGUGCAGCCUCACGGCGCCAACCCACGCCAACCUCACAACACGGCCCUGUGCUCCUCAGAACGUGUCUGCCAGCCUGCAGUGUGGCUCGAGCACCGCCGAGCUGUCCUGGGAGGGAAAAUCGGAGGUUGAAUUGUACACGGCAACUGCAGUCAAAGCCAUGGGAGGUGAAGAGAAAACAUGUAACUCUACCAGCUCUGCCUGCCAGAUCGUGGGUCUGGACUGUGGAGAAGUGUAUAACUUGACGGUCAGAGCUCACGUUCAAGGCUGCUGGAGCACGCCCAGCAACACUGUGCUCAUCCAGACAGAGCCUUGCCAGCCUGUAAUUACAUCUACUCAGGUGCUCUGUCAGAGUGAGGAGGUCCAGGUCUCGUGGCACCAAGAACGAGCCGCUUUACCGUGUGGUCAGUACUAUAAUGUCACAGUGAGAGGACUGGGCAGCGUGUGUGACAGCAUCCCCAGCAGUCCGGCCUUCCUCAAAACCGGUCCAUGCACCCCCCGGGGUGUAACCACCUCCACGCAGUGCGAGUUUGAUGGGGGUUCUGUCAGCUGGAGCCCCAGCGAUGGCGCCGAAUCCUACGUUGCUACGGCCACUGCCCCUGACGGCCACAGCCACCGGUGUCUGACCAACACCACCUCCUGCACGUGGGAUGACCUGCACUGUGGGGAGGAGUACAGUGUUGUAGUGACAGCAAAGGAUGAGAACUGCACCAGUCUGCCCAGCAACAUGAAUUGUGACACGAAAGUCGUCUCUCUGAGCUGGGAGGCAAACAACAGGACGAAGUUGUACGUGGUGUCAGCGGAAUCCGGAGACGGAUCGGUCAGUCUCAACACGAGCGUGGCCACAGCUCACUUUUCUGACCUCAGCUGUGGGCAAAACUACAGCCUCACAGUUAGGCCUCGUAGCCAUCACUGUCCCGGCAACCACAGCGCGUCAGCAUCGGUGCACACCUGGCCGUGCACACCGAUGGGAAUCAAUGCCGUGCAGGACUGUCUCUCCAAUAUCGCUGUGGUAACGUGGCAGCCAAGCAAUGGCUCGGAGUACUACACAGCCACGAUGCUGACGGACACAGGCAUCUCAGAAAUGUGCAUGUCCGAAGCCAGUGCGUGCAGCAUUCCCACUCUGCCUUGUGGGCAGAACUUUUCUGUGUCGGUCACCGCUUCCAACGAGCAGUGUAACAUCACCUCCAGUCAAAGCGCACGUCUGCAGUCAGCGCCCUGUGUUCCCACUAAUGUCUCCGUGGCCGUGGAGUGCGCCAACAACUCUGCUGUUGUGUCCUGGCCCGCCAGUCGGGGUGCAGUUCAGUACUCGGUGACGGCCCUCAGUAGUCAUGGCAACGCCAGCUGUGAGACCUCUGACCUCAGCUGCGGCCUAAGCAGCCUCGCGUGCGGCAGCAGCUACACGGUUCAGGUUGUGGCGAUCGAUGAGAGCUGCUCCAGCGUUCCCAGUCGGGCUCUGGUUUUCAACUCGGGGCCCUGCCCACCUCAGAACGUGAGUGUCCAGAUCGACUGUUCGUCGAACGACUUGAGCGUUUCUUGGGACGCCGUCAGAGACGCUGACCGCUUCUUGAUCUCGUUGACCGCUGGAAACGGAGGGGCCAGUGAGGCGUGUAACACCACAGCCACCGCGUGCUCCAUCAGUGGCGUGAGCUGCGGAAACACGUUCACGGUUCAAGUCACUUCCGUGGGUGGUGCCUGUCACAGCCAGCCCAGUCAGCCACACACCAUCCAGUCAGCUCCCUGCCAGCCUCAGGGCAUCACGGGCAGCCUGGACUGUGUGACCAAUUCCGCCCAGAUAUCGUGGGAUGCUGCUCCCGGGGCGGAAAGAUACGCGGUGUCAGCCGUGGGCGGAGAUCAGCGCGCAGGAAACUGCACCACUUCCACCAACACCACAUGCGAGGUGGAGGAUUUGGCCUGCGGGGUUCUGUACAACUUCACCGUCACGGCUGAAAACGGCCAGUGCCAGAGUCCGCCGAGUUCCCCCGUGGACCUGCAGACAGCUCCCUGCUCGCUCUCUAGCAUCACCGCCUUCACGCAGUGUCACAACUCCUCCAUCCUGGUGGUGUGGGGCCUCAUGGAGGGGGGCGACGCCAACGCGGUGUACACGGCCACGGCCGAGGCCAGCGACCACUCCCUCCUGUCGUGCAACGGCACCGGCCUCAGCUGCCACCUUCACGGGGCGCAGUGCGGCCUCCGUUACACCAUCAUCGUGGCGGCCUCAUCAGACCAGUGCAGCAGUUUAAGAAGUCCCCCCUACAAGAUUAGCAUGGAGCCCUGUCCACCCACAGACGUGUUGCUGACCGCCUCCUGCGAGAACCACAGCGCUCUGGUGUCCUGGACGCCUUCUCCCGUCGCCGAAAGCUACCAGGUUGUGGCCGUGGCAGCAGAUGGACACGAGCACACCUGCAACACCAGCUCCAGCAACUGCAGCCUGUCCGGGCUCCACUGUGACCAGCAGUACGCCGUAUUUGUGACGGCCAGUCACGAGAACUGCUCCAGCAAAGCCAGUCCAAACGCAACCCUAAACACAGGUCCUUGCCAGCCAGGUGGACUCUCGGUUACUUUCCACUGCAACAACCAGUCCGCGAUUCUAACAUGGACGCCGAGCGACAAUGCCGUGGGCUACUAUGGCUGUGCUCAGGCCGGGGACGGAGACAUGCUGUACUGUCACAGCACGGGCCCCUCCUGCACCAUCGACGGCCUCCAGUGUGGAACGGCCUACAACUUCUCCGUCCAGGCCUCAGACGGGUCGUGCAACAGCUCCUUCAGUGACCCCGUGCAGGAUGGGGGAGCUCCCUGUCCCCCGGAUGCGGUGGAGGUGCAGCUGAUGCCGAUGGAGACGGAGGUCCAGGCGAUGCGUUUCAGCUGGACGGAGGUCGCCUGCGCAGACACGGAGUACUUGCUGACUUUGACGGGAAGUCUGCUGGGAGACGGCCGGGCCCUGUUUGAGCUCUCCUCCUACUGGACCAACAUGACCGGAAACAGCUCCUUCGCCACGGUCUCCUGGAACGCCUCCGUGUUCGCCACCACCUACACCGUCUAUGAGGGCAGCGUGGCGGCCGGGGCUCAGCUGUGCAACACCACCACGCUGUCCUGCUCGCUGUCCAACAUGGCCGUCAGCAGUUUGGUCAUCACAGCCAGCAACGCCGCGGGGGAGAGUCAGGCCACAGGCGACAUAAACGUGGUAACACUGGAACGCAGGAGGAGAGAUCUCAGCGAACAAAUACCAGCUGAUGGAAGCCUCUCAGCUCCGCUGCUGCACGUGAAGCAGGCCGCGCCAACCGUCGUUUUCCUCCAGUGGUCCCCCGUGGAGGACGCCGCCUAUUACAGCCUGCUGAUCAGGAGGCAGGGCAGCUUCAACGACACUCAGGAAAUGACGGUGUACGGAGAAAGCAUCAUCCUCACCGACCUGAGCCCCACCUCCACGUACUGCCUCUCUGUGUUGGCUUUUUACACAGCCGCACGCGGACCGGAGUCAGAGCCCGUGUGCGUGCAGACGGGUCUCGGGGUUCCAAUAUAAAUGGGACAGAUUCAGGCCUUAUUACGUUAUUAUCAAGUGGCAGCAAUUUGAAUGUUAAAUAAUCUUCUCAUAGUACACAGGGACUUAAGAUAUACAUAUUUGAGUAGGAUUUUUCAUUUCUGCUGGUUUAUCCUUACAGUGCAUUGUCAGAGGGCGUUGUUCAUAUCUGCAAAAGACUAGUCUGUUGAUCACACAGGUGGUAAAUCGAUUACUUCAUAGCAACCGCAUCAAUACUUUUUCUGAUGUUACUUUUUGUUUGGGGUUUUGUUCCUUUUUAUAUCCAUUGUGAAUGAUGAAUGACUCACUAUCUGAAUAUGUACUGAAACUCAUAAUUUGUACUUUUUGACUUUACUGAAUGUAUAUUUAA